GGGUCGAGAGGGCGCCACGCCCAGGUGCUACGACCUCGUUCCCCGAGCCGAGGGCGGGCAGUGGGGGAGCUUCUCGCACCGAGGGGAUACCGAGAAGGGGUCGCAAACCGCGGCAGCCAAAACCUCCGACACCACCGCUCGCUUCGACCGCUGCUGCUGCUGCUGCCACCACCGCCACCGCCACCAACCACCACCACUGUGAUCGUGACCUCCCAACAGCCGCCAGCACCAGCCAGACGUGGAAGAGGCUUCGGAGAUAGGUUCCCAUGGCGUCCCGCGACGGGCUCAUCGUCCUCAUCCUGCUGCACGGCAUUCUGGGGAAGCACUGCACCGUGGGUAAAUCCUCGCUGCCGCCAUCCUCCCCGGGCGUGCCGCGGCUGCUCCACGGCAACGGCGACCUCGGUAACCAAGGCAACGGCGGCGACCACGGUGACCGCGGCAACGGCGACCUCGGUAAGCAAGGCAACGGCGGCGACCACGGUGACCGCGGCAACGGCGACCAAGGUAACCACGGCAACGGGGACCAAGGCGACCACGGUGGCCACGGCAACGGCGACCACGGUGGCCACGGCAACGGCGACCAAGGUGGCCACGGCAACGGCGACCACGGUGACCACGGCAACGGCGACCACGGUGACCACGGCAACGGCGACCGCGGUAACGGCGACCACGGUGACCACGGCAACGGCGACCAAGGUGGCCACGGCAACGGCGACCAAGGUGGCCACGGCAACGUCAACCGAGAUGGACCGCCGGCUCGGCACGAUUCUUCUUCUGCCGGCACUGGUGCCCGAGCCAAACGGCACGAAGCGUCCGAGUCCACGGGAUCACCCCGUGACGGAGCCGGCGGCGGUGCCAAUAGAGGAGGGGGAGGAGGAGGUUCGACGCCCGGUUCGUUCAAGGAGGUGAUCGACGUGGAUGACAGCUUCGAGCAGCUCGGAGGGAACUGCUGCGACUGCUUCACCCUGCUGGAAGGGGCGCAGGGCAGGAAGGGAGAGAGGGGCGACAGAGGGUUGCCCGGCGAGAAGGGCGAAGUUGGACACCAGGGGGAGCCCGGAUUGGCCGCCCCCCCUGGAGCAGCUGGGCCCAAGGGUGAGACAGGGAACCCAGGAGAGCGAGGCGAGGAUGGAGACCGUGGCCCCAGAGGAGCCCCCGGGGACAGGGCAAUCAAAGGUGACAAGGGCGACAGGGGGUCGUUGGGCCCGCCGGGCGACAGAGGGCAGAAGGGAGAGACGGGCGACAAGGGCAGCAGCGGCCCCAAGGGCGACCAGGGUCAGCGCGGGGUCGCGGGCCCUCCGGGCGAGCGGGCCAAACCGGCCGAUAAGGGAGACAAGGGCGACCGCGGCGCGCAAGGAGAGCGCGGCCCCAAGGCCGAAGCGGGCCCCGAGGGCCGACCUGGCAGCGCGGGCCUCAAGGGGGACAAGGGGGACGCGGGCACGAGCGGCACGAAGGGUUCCAAGGGCGAUCGAGGAGACGCGGGGCCGGCGGGGCCGACGGGACCCGCGGGGUCUCAGGGAGCCCCGAGCCCGCCGGGGUCGCGGGGCCCGGCGGGUCCCCAGGGCCUCCCGGGGCCCGCUGGUCCCCCGGGCUACGCGGGGGCCCCCGGGCAGCCCGGCCCGCCGGGCCCGCCGUCGCCGCCGCCGCCGCACAAGACGAAGCCGUCGCUGGAGAGCAACGAGGAGACGGAGGCGUGCGCCAAGGGGCUGUGCGGCGUGGGGCCCUGCGGCGGAGGUCCCUCGGGACCUCGCUCGGCCUUCAGCGCGAGCCUCUCCAAGGCGAACGCGUUCCCGGCGCGCGGCGCGCCCGUCCGGUUCACGCGCGUCCUCUACAACGGCCAGGGCCACUACAGCCCCGAGACGGGCAAGUUCACGUGCGUCGUGCCGGGCGUCUACUCCGUGUCGUACCACUUGACGGUGUGGAAGCGCUCCGUGAAGGUGGCGCUGUGUAAGAACGAGCGGCGCCUCGUGUCGUCGGGCGACGGCUUCGAGGACGGCGACCUCGACCAGGCGUCGCUCUCCACCGUGCUCGAGCUCGAGCGGGGCGACCAGGUGUGGCUCGAGGUGGUCGGCGGCUACAACGGCAUCUACGCCGACGACGACGACGACUCCGUCUUCACGGGGCACCUGCUCUUCUCCGACUGCUGAGCGCCGUGCCGUGCGUACCCCCAACCCAUCGUGCGCGUCCGACGGAGACUGUAAGUUCUUGGAGCUGAGUGAUUCAAGAGCCGGGCGGGAGCUUCUCCACACGCACGCACGCACACACCCACCCGAGCGGACGCUCCCGACGGUGGUGGGAUGUUCACUACCUCGCCCGGUAUACAGAGGAUCGUGGGUUCGAUCGCGAUCCUGACUCCUGUAAAUUUGGAGUGUGUUUUUGUGCGUGUCUCUCUCGCUCCCCGUGGUCGCGUGGAUUUUUUUUUCCGGGUGCUCCGGUUUGUCCCCUUCACAUUGAAAAUCAACGGCACGCGAUUCGAGUAUAUUGGCUGCGAGAAAAUGCCCACGUGAUGAUAAGCGGCCGUUCAUAAGUGACUUUGGACGAUUUUUGACCCCCCCCCUCCCCCUCGUCAC